GGCUCAUUUAUAUUCUAAGCCAUCAUCUGCACGGACCCGCUGUGACUGCAUCAUAAUUAUAAGCUCUUAAGCCUGAAAGUUUUCAUUYCUCUUUGAGUUCAGUCUCGUCUUAGUUUGGUCUAUAAUCUCGCUGUAUAAGUAAAAAGCGAUGGGUUGGAAGGUUUACUUGUGUGUUGGUGGUACUGUUGCUGUCCUAGCCGUGACCAUUGGUCUGAUCGCCUCUUCUCUGUCAAGACUUGACUCGGAUGAAAUYGGUGUUGGUUACGACGUCGUUCAGAGAGACCUCGAUGAAGAAGUCAAAAAAUCGGGCCUUCACAACGGACCGCCCGGUUUUAAGUUCAUCAAAUUCCCUAGUGUCUUCAAGAGCAAGAAGUUUGACAAUGUGAAGUGUUUGAAUAAAGAGGGGUUGGAAAUCAACCUGAAGAUAGAGUUCCAGUAUCGCGCAAGGCCGAAGGAUCUGCGAAAAACCAUUUUGCAAUUUAAAGACUUCGACAAUUACGUCAAGGUUUUGGAAUAUUUAGCUCAGUCAAGCAUCUUCGAUGCCUGUAGUCGAUUCAACACAAGCCAAUUCCAGUCYCAAAGAGCAACCUUCCAAGAGAGCAUUCUGACUACAAUGGCGUACCGUUUCGCUGAAGUCAGUGCAGACCUUACAGACCUGCAGGUCAGCAACAUCAAACGUCCUUCCUCCUACGAGAAAGUGGUUCGCGACAAGGAAGCCGCAAAGGAGAAUAUCGCCAUUGCUUUAAACGAGCGUCCAAGAAAACUCGUCCAAGCCAAAUCACAAAAAGAAGACGCCAUUAAAAACGGCCAGAUUGCAGAACAAACCGCCGAGUCGAAAGCUAAGAUUCUGUUGUCCAAAGCUAAUGCUGAGGUUUCUAGCACCCUUGCGCGUUAUGACGCGGAAGCACGCGCUUUUGCGAAUCUCAUGAAGAAGCAGAACUUGACUGCUGAAGGCUUGUUGUCGUAUCUGUCAUCAAGAGUCUUAGCAGAGAGGAACACGACUUUCAGCGUUGGAUUUKAUGCCCCAGCACGCACAAAAUACACUCAUUGAUCAGAAUUGAGCUAGUUUUAUGGCUAGUUUCAUAACUUGCUGCAAGCAAGCUACAGGAGAUUUACGAAAGACUUUUUUCUUUACUGAACAGUUAUAAACCGGCUGUGUAUUUUCGUUAUAGCUUCGCAGUCAGGAGAAAUGUAAUCCUAGCCAACACAACCAACAUUUAUUUAGAUGUAAUUAUUUUUUCUAAGACAGUUUUGUGUUGUGCACCAAGUAAGUAUAAAGUGAAAUGUUACCAUGGUAAUGCCAUCUAAACAGGCUAAGAUGUCUUUAUAAGAAACGUACCUUUCAGUAGCGAUAAUGCUACUAGCUGGUUCUUUAAUACAUGUCAUUCAUCUUGUGCACAAUCUCUUUUUUUAUCCUAUUUAAUGAUAUUUGAUCCAGAAUUUUGUAUCUUGGUAACUCCAUAUUUAGUAUAAAAAAUAAUAAAUCAAGGCUACAACUGA